AUGAAAAACCCCAACUGCUACGAACUCAGCACAAGAUUUCAACUCGUCGAAAACUUACGGGUUCUCAAGGUCGGUCGCAGGACUACUAAUAUUCUCUUUGUUGGCACUUGGCGUGACACCGAAAUGGAGCUGCGGAAACAUGUGGUUACGAAACAAAGUCGAAUAUGGGGGUCAAGAAUCUCGCAUGGUCGUGACGGAAGAAUAUUUCCGAAAUCUCCAAUCAGCUUGGAAAUAAAUAUUUCUGAUGAGCUAGAAUAG